UCUUUAUAAAAGGAGCAUCCCUAUAAUGUAGUUCAUGCAUACAAGGAAGAACUAGAAAAAAGAAUUAAGAGGCAAGCUAGUUGAGUGCAAUUGUGUGCCAAAAAAAAAUAGUUUAAGAACUGAGAAAUGGAGAUCGUGGAAGUAAGCAGCUACGAGGCACUGCCUCUGCUCUCAUUGAAUCAUGUAUCUUUGUUGUGCAGAUCAGUUUGGGAUUCAGUGCGGUUCUAUGAAGACGUCUUGGGCUUUGUUCUCAUCAAACGCCCCUCUUCUUUCAAUUUCAAUGGAGCUUGGUUGUACAAUUAUGGCAUUGGGAUACACUUAAUUGAGAACCCUGCACUUGAUGAGUAUGACACCGUCAAUGAAUUGCGACCAAUUAAUCCCAAAGACAACCACAUCUCCUUCCAGUGUACUGAUGUUGGACUAGUUAUAAGGAGGCUCCAAGAUAUGGGGAUGAGGUAUGUAACAGCUGUGGUAGAAGAUGAUGGGGCAAAGGUGGAUCAGGUGUUCUUCCAUGACCCAGAUGGCUAUAUGGUCGAGCUUUGCAACUGUGAGAAUAUCCCUGUAAUUCCUAUCUCUUCCUGUGCAUUCAAGCCUAGAGGUGAAAGUUUCAAGAAGGCACCAGCUAAAUGUGGUUUCAUGGAGAAUGUCAUGAUGGAAAGCUUGAGCAUGGACAUGAUGAACUUUUCAUUUUAACUUCACCAAAGCAUGAACAAUUUCAUCUUCUUUUGUUUUUCAAAAAAUCAAAUUUGUUGUGUCCCAAAUGUAUAACAAUUAAAGCCUAUUAUGGCCUUGUGUCUUGGUUGCAAGAGAGUUUGUAUUGGUUAAGCUGGUACCUCCAAUAAAGAUUGUAAGAUUGAGUGAGUUUGUUUUUUUUGUAAUAUAUACAUUGAAGCCAAUAUGUGGCUUUUGAUUAUGUCAAUAUUUUAUUUUCUUUGAAAGCUUCCGCUGAUGGAAGCUUCUCAUGGGUGCAAUUGUACAUGCAAGAAAUUGCCUAUUGAUGUGUCCCAAUGUUGUGGGCCAGUCAUCUCUAUAAAAGUGGUUUGUGGCUUUGUGGUGUUAAA